GCCACCGUAGAACUGUAAGUCGGAAAAGCCGCUGGCAGAAACUAGGCGAUUUCAACCAAUCCAACUGAUAUAUCUAUCUAGCGUGCAUCAUUGGAGUAAAAACAAUGAGUGAACUAACUCCAGACGAGAUUCGUCGCCGUAGACUGGCACGUUUGGGUGGUGGCAGUAGUAGUAGUAGUAAUAGCUCAUCUUCCACCCCUACGUCAUCAAAAUCUGUACAGGAAACUUCACAGUCUCAAUCACCACCUGUAGCACAGUCACCGAGCAGUUCACCGCUGAUGCCAUCCGGUGCCAGCAAUGUAGUAAGAAGACUACCAGACACACCUCCUAUGGAGGGUGAUCAGGCCAUGUCAGAUUCAGUGACACAAGAGGCACAGUCUAUGGAUACUGACAAUUUCACUCAAUCCAUGGAUAUGGACUUAGAAUCAUGUGAAAAAAGUACCUUAUCUCAGAUGGAUGUGGAUUCUGGGAUAGAAACGCAGGAAAUGGAAGACGUUGAAAGAAAAGAACGCAAAGUCCUGUCACAAAAGGAAUCCAGUGUAACUGGUGAGGUUACAGAAGACCAGUUAGUAACCACAGUCUGUCGUAUAUUCCGUACCUCAUGGAAAGAAAAAGGAAGAGAUCUAAUAUUUCUACCACAACUAUCUCAAGAAUUCCAACAGGAUCCUCAACAAGUUUACAUUGAUUUAAAAGAUUUAAUAAAUCAGAUUCUGAUUGAAGUGUUAACCAAUCACUGUAGGGGUGAAAAUAGACUCCCUAGCUUAACAGCGGAUGGUUUACAACCAAGAUUAUCAACGUCUAACAAUAAAGGGUAUUCACCGUCUCCACCUAGUUUUAGUCUUUCUGUACCAAGUCCAUCAUCAACUGCUGGUGACUCUGGAAGUGAACGGUUCAAUAUUGAAGACUGCAAAGAAACUGAAAUGUUGAAUUAUUUAAUGGAAUGUUUUGAUAGAGUUAGCAUGGAGGAAAGAAAUACACCAAAGAAAUCCAGCCAGCCUCCUUUGAGCAGUGUUUUAAAUGAUAUUCGUACACAGUGUGCAUGCCAUGCAGCAUUGGUAUUACAGGGUGCUUUCACUCAACCUAGGAUAUCCAGUAAACCGUCAUGGAUUGUUCCAUAUCAGCUAUGUCGGGUUUUACCACGUGGAUUUUUGUACGAGUUAGUUCAUGUCACAAAUCAAGAUGAAGCAACUUUUACGGCAGUAUUUACUCCAGUGUUGUUAGGGUUGGCACAGGCUGUACAACGAUGUGGAUUAGAUUCUGAUAACUUUAAAUAUCCAUUAAUGGCACUGAGUGAACUUUGUGAAAUAAAACUAGGAUCAAGAAGACCAAUUUGUACUUUGAUGACCUCUCUACCAUGUUGGCUUCCCAAACCAAUCACAAAUGCUGUUGGAAGAGAACUUCAACGACUUUCAUUCUUGGGUUCAUUUUUUAGUCUCUCUGUGUUUGCUGAGGACGAUUCAAGACUAGUUGAUAAAUAUUUUUCUGGAGCUGUGACUGUUGAUAAUUGUCGCCUUAUAAAUGCGACACUACAGACAUCACUGGAAACAGCUCGGAAUGAACUGUUUAAGGUGCUACAUUGUAUUUUAGUGAACUCAGAGACCAGAGAAGCUGGUCUUGAUUACAUAGCAAAUGUCAUCAAUAAAAAUCAUAAAAAAGCUCAGAUGCAGGCUGAUGACAGUUUAUUGUGCAAUGAUGGUUUUAUGUUGAACUUUUUACAUGUACUUCAACAAUUAAGUGUCAAAAUUAAAUUAGAUAAGGUUGAUCCAGUAUAUUUACAUCAUGCGAAAUGUCGCAUUGAUCUUUCCCAAGAUACAAGACUUAAAGCUACAGUGCAGGAAGUUAGUGAUUGGAAAAAAUCAAUUGACGCUUGGUCUGAUCCUAAGUUUACUACAGAGUGUUAUUUUCUGACAUUACACUGUCAGCAUCUUGCGUUGUUACCAUGUACUAGGCAUUAUACACGCAGAGUCAGGGCAUUACGAGAAUUGGGACGUAUGAUUGAGGAGUUGAUGGCACAGGAAGUGAACUGGAAAGGAACACCACUCGCGAAAAGAAACCGCCAACUGCUAGAAAAAUGGAAAACGCAACAUAAGAAACUUGUCCGAGCCAAAGCAUGUGCAGAUGCUGGUUUAUUAGAUGAAUCCUUAUUGCGAAGAUGUUUAUCAUUCUACGGCAGUGUCGUACAAUUUCUUACAAGUUUGAUGACAACUAAGAAAGGAGCAGAAAUAACUCUGCCAUUGCCACAAGAAGUACCAAUGCUGUAUGCCUCGUUACCUGAUUACUAUGCAGAAGAUAUAGCUGAGACUUUAUUAUUUAUUUUACAACAUAUGCCUCAUGUUUUGGAAGACACAUCGCUACCAGACAUAGUGACCUUUAUUAUCAUGAUUGUGUGUUCAUCUCAUUAUCUCAGUAACCCAUAUUUAGUGGCAAAAUUUGUUGAGUUGAUGUUUGUUGUUAAUCCAGCAAUUCAUGAUAGAACUCGUAAUGUACAUAACAUGAUAGUCAAUCAUCCGUUAGCGGCACUGCACUUGGCGCCAGCAUUAAUGAGGUUUUACACAGAUGUUGAGACCACUGGUAGCAGUAAUGAAUUCUAUGAUAAAUUCAGCAUUCGGUAUCACAUCAGUAUUAUUUUUAAGUCAUUGUGGAAUAUUCCCUUACAUCAACAAGCCAUUAUACAGGAAACCAUUUCCGGCAAAGACUUUGUACGUUUUGUAAAUAUGCUGAUGAACGAUACAACAUUCCUAUUGGACGAAAGUCUUGAUUGUUUGAAAAGAAUACACGAAGUCCAAGAACUAAUUAAGAAUAAGGAAAUUUGGGAUAAAAUGACACAGGAUGAGCAGGAGGGUAAAAGGCGGCAAUUGUCGACUGAUGAAAGACAAGUGAGAUCAUAUUUGACGCUAGCUGGUGAAACGUUAGACAUGUUUCAUUAUUUGACACAGAAAAUCACAGAACCUUUCCUAAGACCUGAGCUUGCUGUACGUUUGGCUGCCAUGUUGAACUUUAAUCUACAGCAGCUGUGUGGUCCAAAAUGUAACGAUUUACGAGUAGAAAACAAAGAAAAAUAUGGAUUUGAACCAAAGAAACUAUUGGAUCAACUCACGGAUAUUUAUCUACAUUUUUCUGAUUGUCCAAAGUUCGCAGAAGCUGUUGCUGCCGAUGAACGUUCAUAUCGCAAAGAAGUGUUUGAUGUUGCCCUUGGCGUGAUGUCCAGAGCUAACAUCAAGAUUGAAUCGGAUAUUCAGAGGUUCAGGGAUUUGGCAUCUGUUGUGGAUAAGAUUGUCAUCAGUAAUCUGAAGAAAGACAUUGACUUUGAAGAUGCACCUGAUGAAUUCAAAGAUCCUUUAAUGGACACAUUAAUGACAGACCCAGUACUGUUACAUACAUCAGGUAAUAUCAUGGAUCGACCAAUCAUUGAGCGACAUCUAUUGAAUUCAUCAACUGAUCCGUUCAACAGACAGGCUUUAGACUCAGAAGAUUUACAGCCAAUGCCAGAGUUAAAAGCAAGAAUUCAACAAUGGAUGAGGCAAACGCAAAUGUUGAAAAGGAAGCAAGACAAAUAGACAAAAAGGACAACAUUCGAUGCAACAAAUGCAAAUCUUAUAAUUUUAUGGGAAAUGUUUCAUGUGUGCAGCAUGUAUUUCGAAGUGAUUUUUUCCCUCGUCAUUAAAGAUGGGCAGCCAACAAGAAUGUACAGUUGGCAUGACCUCUGAUAACAUAGGAUUUCAAGAUGAUUUAGAAACUUUUUAUUACAUUUAAAAAAACAAUCUGAAUGUAAUUAUUGACAUUGUGAUUUUGACUAUAGAGAUUAAAAAUGAACCAAACGCUGUA